GGAUUCCCCCCAUGCAUUACUUUGCAGUCGCUCCAACACAGACAUACAUCUGUUAGUCACCGAGAGCUGUCCUAGGCUAUUAGUAAUACAAUGAGAAAUACCCUGGAUAAGCCGAAUAGUAUUUAAGCGGCCGUCCGGCAUAUUAAUACAAACACAUAAAACCAUGGUGAUCAUGUCAGGGACAGCCACAGUGCUGCAGCAGUUUGUCAGCGGGCUGAAGAGCAGAAAUGAAGACACCAGAGCAAAAUCUGCCAAAGAUCUGCAGCACUAUGUCACCACAGAGCUCAGAGAGCUGAGCCAAGACGAAGCCACUACAUUCUACGAUGAGUUAAACCACCACAUAUUUGAGCUGGUAUCCAGCUCUGAUGUGAAUGAGAAGAAAGGCGGCAUCCUUGCUAUAGUGAGUCUGAUCGGAGUGGAGGGAGGCAAUGCCACCAGGAUCAGUCGAUUCGCCAACUACCUCCGUAACCUGCUCCCUUCCAGCGAUCCAGUGGUUAUGGAGAUGGCCUCCAAAGCCAUGGGCCACCUAUCGAUGGCCGGAGACACGUUUACUGCCGAGUAUGUGGAGUUUGAGGUGAAGCGGGCUCUGGAGUGGCUGGGAGCCGACAGGAAUGAAGGGAGACGCCAUGCAGCGGUGUUGGUGUUGAGGGAGCUGGCUGUGAGCGCACCAACCUUCUUCUUUCAGCAAGUGCAGCCUUUCUUUGACAACAUCUUCUAUGCGGUGUGGGAUCCAAAGCAGGCCAUUCGAGAGGGAGCGGUGUCCGCUCUGCGGGCUUGUCUCAUCCUCACCACACAGAGGGAGACCAAGGAAAUGCAGAAGCCUCAGUGGUACAAACAAACCUUUGAGGAGGCAGAGAAAGGCUUUGAUGAGACUCUGGCCAAGGAGAAGGGGAUGAAUCGUGAUGAUAGAGUUCAUGGUGCACUGCUGAUCCUCAACGAGUUGGUCCGGAUCAGCAGCAUGGAGGGAGAGCGAAUGCGCGAAGAGAUGGAGGAGAUCACCCAGCAGCAACUGGUUCACGAUAAAUACUGCAAGGAGUUGAUGGGAUUUGGAACAAAGCCGCGCCACAUCACGCCCUUCACCAGCUUCCAGUCGGUGCAGCCACAGCAGUCCAACGCCCUGUUGGGGUUGCUAGGCUACAGCACGCCGCAAAGUUUCCUGGGCUUCGGUGCCAUGCCAGUACCUGCUAAGAGCUCCCUGGUGGAGAGCCGGUACUGCCGAGAGCUGAUGGAGGAAAGAUUCGACCAGGUGUGUCGUUGGGUUCUGAAGUAUAAAACCAGUAAGAACCCUCUAAUCCAGAUGACCAUCCUCAACCUGCUGCCGCGCCUGGCUGCCUUCCAGCCACAUACCUUCACAGACCAGUACCUGUCUGACACCAUGGGCUACCUGCUGGGCUGCCUGAAGAAGGAGAAAGAGAGGACAGCAGCUUUCCAGGCUAUGGGGCUGCUGGUGGUGGCUGUCAGGACGGAAAUCCAGCCGUACCUCAUGAAGAUCCUGGAGAUCAUCAAGGCUGCACUGCCUCCCAAGGACUUUGCUCACAAAAGGCAGAAGACCAUUCAGGUGGAUGCCACUGUGUUCACCUGUAUUAGCAUGCUGUCCAGAGCCAUGGGCCCCAGCAUCCAGCCAGACAUCAAGGAACUCCUGGAACCCAUGUUAGCCGUGGGGCUCAGUCCGGCACUCACAGCAGUGCUGUACGACCUGAGCCGUCAAAUCCCCCAGCUGAAAAAAGACAUCCAGGACGGCUUGCUGAAGAUGCUUUCCCUGGUGCUGAUGCACAAGCCCCUGCGACACCCGGGCAUGCCCAAAGGCCUGGCUCACCAGCUGGCCUCUCCCAGCCUCACCAACAUCCCUGAGGCCAGCGACGUUGGCAGCAUCACUCUGGCCCUGCGCACUCUGGGAAGCUUCGAAUUUGAAGGUCACUCUCUGACCCAGUUUGUGCGCCACUGUGCUGAUCACUUCCUGAACAGCGAACAUAAGGAAAUCCGAAUGGAGGCGGCCCGAACCUGCUCUCGACUCCUUACGCCGUCCAUCCAUCUCAUCAGUGGCCACGUCGUCAGCCAGACCGCUGUGCAGGUGGUCGCAGAUGUGCUCAGCAAGCUGCUGGUGGUUGGCAUCACUGAUCCAGAUCCUGACAUUCGAUACUGUGUUCUUGCGUCUCUUGAUGAGCGUUUUGAUGCGCACCUGGCCCAGGCCGAGAAUCUGCAGGCUCUUUUUGUGGCUCUGAAUGAUGAAGUGUUUGAAAUCAGAGAGCUGGCCAUCUGCACUAUAGGACGACUGAGCAGCAUGAACCCUGCCUUCGUCAUGCCCUUCCUCCGGAAGAUGUUGAUCCAGAUUUUAACCGAACUGGAACACAGUGGUGUUGGCAGGAACAAAGAACAGAGCGCUCGUAUGCUUGGCCACCUGGUCUCCAACGCACCCCGCCUCAUACGACCCUAUAUGGAACCCAUUCUCAAGGCUCUAAUUCUGAAGCUUAAAGAUCCAGAUCCUAACCCUGGAGUGGUGAUCAGUGUCCUUGCUACAAUCGGCGAACUGGCCCAGGUGUUUAAAAAGGUUCCCCAGAUGAGUCAGGAUAGAACCGUUAGAGGCCAGCUUGGUUUGCAGUGCAGACAGAGUGCAGGAGAUGUUCAGGUGAGCGGACUGGAGAUGAGGAAGUGGAUGGAUGAGCUGUUCCCAAUCAUCAUGGAUAUGCUGCAGGACUCAUCCUCAUUGGCUAAGCGCCAAGUGGCACUGUGGACUCUGGGCCAGCAGGUAGCGAGUACAGGCUACGUGGUGGAGCCAUACCGCAAAUACCCUUCCCUUCUAGAAGUGCUGCUCAACUUCCUAAAAACAGAGCAAAACCAGGGGAUCAGGAGAGAGGCCAUCCGAGUCCUGGGUCUGCUCGGCGCUCUGGAUCCCUACAAGCACAAGGUGAACAUCGGCAUGAUCGAUCAGUCACGGGACGCCUCUGCUGUCAGCCUCUCCGAAUCCAAGUCCAACCAGGACUCGGCGGACUACAGCACCAGUGAAAUGCUGGUUAACAUGGGCAACCUGCCCCUGGACGAGUUCUACCCAGCGGUGGCCAUCGUCACUUUGAUGCGGAUCCUCAGAGACCCCUCGCUUUCCAACCACCACACCAUGGUCGUUCAGGCCGUCACCUUCAUCUUCAAAUCACUGGGCCUCAAGUGCGUCCAGUUCUUGCCGCAGGUCAUGCCCACGUUCCUUAACGUCAUCCGGGUUUGUGACACCAGCAUCCGAGAGUUCCUCUUCCAGCAGAUGGGAAUGGUUGUGUCCUUCGUGAAGAUUCACAUCCGGCCAUACAUGGAUGACAUCUUCACCCUGAUCCGAGAGUACUGGACACCAAACAACCCCAUGCAGAACACCAUCAUCCUCCUCAUCGAGCAAAUCGUAGUGGCGCUGGGCGGAGAGUUCAAGCUCUACCUGCCUCAACUCAUCCCACACAUGUUGCGUGUCUUCAUGCACGAUAACAGCACCGGCCGCAGCGUCACCAUCAAGCUGCUGAAUGCUAUCCAGCUGUUUGGUGCCAACCUGGAUGACUACCUCCACUUAUUGCUGCCUCCUAUUGUCAAGCUAUUUGAUGCCCCUGAUGUGCCACUCCAGGCUCGCAAGGUCGCCCUGGAGACGCUCGACCGUCUAACGGAGUCCUUGGACUUCACAGACUAUGCUUCCCGGAUUAUCCACCCAAUUGUUCGGACUCUGGACAGCACGCCGGAGCUGCGCUCCACUGCCAUGGACACCCUGUCCUCGUUGGUGUUCCAGCUGGGAAAGAAGUACCAGAUUUUCAUCCCUAUGGUGAACAAAGUGAUGCUGAAGCACCGGAUCAAUCACCAGCGCUACGACAUUCUGAUAUGUCGCAUUGUGAAAGGUUACACUCUCGCAGAGGAAGAAGAGGACCCUUUAAUUUUUCAACACCGGCAGAUUCGGGGCAACCAAGGCGACGCUCUGGUCAGUGGCCCUGUAGAGCCAGGCCCCAUGAAGAAACUCCAUGUUAGCACAACCGCACUCCAGAAGGCCUGGGGUGCUGCUCGGAAAGUGUCCAAAGAUGACUGGCUGGAGUGGCUGAGGCGUCUGAGCGUGGUCCUGCUCAAAGAGUCGUCCUCCCCGGCUCUGCGAUCGUGCUGGUCUCUGGCGCAGACAUACAUCCCUCUUGCCAGAGACCUGUUCAAUGCUGCUUUUCUGUCCUGUUGGUCGGAGCUGAGUGAAGACCAGCAGGAUGAGCUCAUCCGCAGCAUCGAGUUAGCUCUCACCUCUCAAGAUAUAGCCGAGGUCACGCAAACGCUGCUUAACUUGGCAGAAUUCAUGGAGCACAGUGAUAAGGGCCCUCUGCCCCUCAGAGACGAUAAUGGCAUCGUUCUGCUUGGAGAGAGAGCCGCCAAAUGUCGUGCCUACGCCAAGGCGCUGCAUUACAAGGAACUGGAGUUCCAGAAAGGCCCCUCUCCUCUCAUCUUGGAGUCUCUAAUCAGCAUCAACAACAAACUGCAGCAGCCAGAGGCAGCAUCAGGAGUCCUAGAAUAUGCAAUGAAACAUUUUGGUGAACUGGAAAUCCAAGCCACUUGGUAUGAGAAGCUUCAUGAGUGGGAGGACGCCCUGGUGGCUUAUGACAAGAAGAUUGACAUGAACAAAGAGGAUCCGGAGCUGAUCCUGGGCAGGAUGCGCUGUUUGGAGGCCUUAGGGGAAUGGGGUCAGCUGCACCAGCAGUGCUGUGAAGAGUGGACGCUGGUCAGUGAAGAGACGCAAGCCAAGAUGGCGCGUAUGGCCGCUGCAGCUGCCUGGGGUCUAGGACACUGGGAUAGCAUGGAGGAGUAUACAUGUAUGAUCCCCAGAGACACACACGACGGUGCUUUUUACCGAGCAGUUCUAGCUCUCCAUCAGGACCUCUUCUCAUUGGCUCAACAGUGCAUUGACAAAGCCAGAGACCUCCUGGAUGCUGAGCUGACGGCCAUGGCUGGAGAGAGCUACAGCCGUGCCUACGGGGCCAUGGUGUCCUGCCAGAUGCUGUCUGAGCUGGAGGAAGUGAUCCAGUACAAACUGGUGCCAGAGCGGAGGGACAUCAUCAGGGAAACUUGGUGGGAGAGGCUGCAGGGUUGUCAGCGCAUUGUGGAAGACUGGCAGCGGAUCCUGAUGGUCCGCUCUCUCGUCAUCAGCCCCCAUGAAGAUAUGAGAACUUGGCUGAAAUACGCCAGCCUUUGUGGCAAGAGCUUACGCCUGGCUCUGGCCCAUAAGACCCUCGUGCUCCUCCUGGGUGUUGACCCCUCCAAGCAGCUCGACCACCCGCUGCCCACCACCCACCCACACGUCACAUAUGCAUACAUGAAGUACAUGUGGAAGAGUAGCCGCAAGAUUGAUGCCUUCCAGCACAUGCAGCACUUUGUCCAGGGAGUCCAGCAGCAAGCCCAACAUGCCAUAGCAGCUGAAGACCAUCAGCGCAAGCAGGAGCUCCACAAGCUGAUGGCCAGGUGCUUCUUAAAGCUGGGGGAGUGGCAGCUCAGCCUGCAGGGCAUCAAUGAGAGCACCAUCCCCAAAGUCCUUCAGUAUUACAGCAGUUCAACAGAGCAUGACCGCAACUGGUACAAGGCCUGGCAUGCGUGGGCCGUCAUGAACUUCGAGGCAGUGCUGCACUACAAGCACCAGAACCAGGGCCGCGAUGAGAAGAAGAAGCGACGACAUGCCAGCGGGGCAAGCGCUGCCAGCGAGGCAAGCAACAGCGACAGUGAGGUGGACAGCGCCGACCACAGUCCCAUGCCCUCACCGGGCCAGAAAAAGGUCAACGAGGACCUCUCAAAGACUUUGCUGCUCUACACAGUCCCUGCUGUUCAGGGAUUCUUCCGCUCCAUUUCCCUCUCCAGAGGAAAUAACCUGCAGGACACACUCAGGGUUUUGACGUUGUGGUUUGAUUACGGCCACUGGCCUGAGGUGAACGAAGCUUUGGUGGAGGGAAUCAAGACCAUUCAGAUAGACACCUGGUUACAGGUGAUUCCUCAGCUCAUAGCUCGUAUUGACACCCCUCGAGCACUGGUUGGCCGUCUCAUCCACCAGCUGCUGACUGAUAUCGGCCGUUACCAUCCACAGGCUUUGAUCUACCCGCUCACCGUGGCCUCAAAGUCCACCACCACCGCCCGGCACAAUGCUGCUAACAAGAUCCUGAAGAACAUGUGUGAACACUGCAACACCCUGGUUCAACAAGCAAUGAUGGUGAGUGAGGAGCUUAUCCGCGUUGCUAUCUUGUGGCAUGAGAUGUGGCACGAGGGCCUUGAGGAAGCUUCUCGUCUUUACUUUGGCGAACGUAACGUAAAGGGCAUGUUUGCUGUUCUUGAACCGCUACACGCCAUGAUGGAGAGAGGACCACAAACCCUCAAAGAGACUUCAUUCAACCAGGCUUAUGGCAGAGAUUUGAUGGAGGCCCAGGACUGGUGCAGGAAGUACAUGCGCUCUGGGAAUGUGAAAGACUUGACGCAGGCCUGGGACCUUUACUACCACGUGUUCAGACGCAUCUCCAAGCAGCUGCCUCAGCUCACCUCCCUGGAGCUGCAGUACGUUUCUCCCAAGUUGCUGAUGUGUCGCGACCUGGAGCUGGCUGUGCCUGGCACAUAUGACCCCAACCAGCCUAUCAUUCGCAUCCAGUCCAUCGCUCCCUCGCUGCAGGUCAUCACCUCCAAGCAGCGUCCGCGCAAGCUCACCAUCAUGGGAAGCAACGGCCACGAGUUCAUGUUCCUGCUGAAGGGCCACGAGGACCUGAGGCAGGACGAGAGAGUAAUGCAGCUGUUUGGCCUGGUCAACACGCUGCUGGCCAACGACCCAGCGUCUCUGCGCAAAAACCUCAGCAUUCAGCGCUACGCUGUCAUCCCUCUUUCCACCAACUCGGGCCUGAUUGGCUGGGUGCCCCACUGCGACACGCUGCACGCCCUCAUCAGAGACUACAGAGAAAAGAAAAAGAUUUUGCUCAACAUUGAACAUCGCAUCAUGCUCAGAAUGGCACCAGACUACGACCAUCUGACACUGAUGGAGAAGGUGGAGGUGUUUGAACACGCCGUCAACAACACGGCUGGAGACGACCUGGCCAAGCUCCUGUGGCUCAAGAGCCCCAGUUCUGAGGUGUGGUUUGACAGGAGAACCAACUAUACGCGCUCCCUGGCUGUGAUGUCCAUGGUGGGCUACAUCCUGGGCCUGGGUGACAGACAUCCAUCCAACCUGAUGCUAGAUCGGCUCAGCGGCAAGAUCCUCCACAUUGACUUUGGAGACUGCUUUGAAGUGGCGAUGACCAGGGAGAAGUUUCCUGAGAAGAUCCCAUUCAGACUGACGAGGAUGCUGACCAAUGCCAUGGAGGUGACGGGGUUGGACGGGAACUACAGGAUCACCUGCCACACUGUUAUGGAGGUCCUGAGGGAGCACAGGGACAGCGUCAUGGCCGUCCUGGAGGCCUUCGUCUACGACCCGCUGCUCAACUGGAGGCUCAUGGACACAAACACCAAAGGCACCAAGCGUUCCCGAACCAGGACCGACUCGUACACCACUGGCCAGUCAGUGGAGGCGCUGGAUGGCAUAGACCUGGGAGAGACCACGCACAAGAAACCCGGGACCACGGUGCCUGAAUCCAUACACUCCUUCAUUGGAGAUGGCCUUGUGCAGCCAGAGGCUCUCAACAAGAAAGCCAUUCAGAUUAUCAACCGAGUACGCGACAAACUCACAGGGCGAGACUUUUCUCAUGAUGACACGCUGGAUGUCCCAACACAAGUGGAGCUCCUCAUUAAGCAGGCCACGUCCCAUGAAAACUUGUGCCAGUGCUACAUCGGAUGGUGUCCGUUUUGGUGAAGUCACAGCUGGAGGUCUGAUGAACCAAGACGAGAACACGAUGGAAAAACUCUCCCUAAAAAAGUCCAGAGUGCAGAUCUGCUGGGAAUGAUGACAUUUUCUCUUUUGUCUGUUCAGUAAUUGUGUGAAUAACCUGUGACACGCUCUGAGACUACUGUUUUUACUCCAUAAUUGAUCUAUUCAAUGCUCAAAACCACUUUCCAAAUUUUUAACAUAAUUAUUUGCUAAAAGCUUUUGAUGGAGUGCAUAUUGUAAUAAGUUAUAUUUCUUGCAGGCCGAGGUGUUCUUCAAGCCAAACAUGCUGUUAUUGCUCUGCUAAUGUGACAACUGCAGCCAUGUUUUUGCCCAUUGCUAACUGAAACACAUCAUAUACUGUGAGGUGUGUUGGUGUGCCCUUAAAGCUUGUACAGAUCAAUGUAUUUGUGCCGAGUGCACAAAACUGAGCUGCUCAUCUUCUGCUGCGAGUUUAAACAAAAAGCAAAUAAAACGUUGAAUAAGGAAAAGCUCCUUGGAAAAAGUUAAUUUUGCUUUUGCAGUUCCUCUGGCAGCCACUGAGGGCACUCUGACUCUUUACAAAACCCUUCUUCCACUUCUCUAGUCAAGCUUGAAGGAAGAAAAAACAUCCUCUAUCAGGUUAUAGACGAGAGGAGCACAUCCCACCUCAAAACCACAACUAAUAUGUGUUUUUUUUUCUCCAAAGCUGAGAUGGGAUUUCUUGUUUUUUUCUGUCGCUGCUGCUAUAUUUGUCAUCUUAUAAUAAAUUUAGCAGGGAAGACUCCAGCUCAACAGGGAGAUGCAGCUGUGCACAAAUGAAACUGAAUCCGAUUCUGCAAAUUACAGAGGCAGCACAGGAGACAACUAUUAAUUUGUGCUGUUGUUAUCUGCAGAGUGAGGUAGCCUCUGUUCUGUUUGCUCUCAUUUCUUUUCCCACUUAAUUUCUCCAUUUAUUUCUCCUCUGAAGGUUAAUUACUUAUAGAUAGUUAAGGAUUAGGGAUCAAUGGAAAGUAGUCAUUGAUCUCUUCCCUGCCGUGUCCACCUCUGCAAUGUCACACUCUUUACACACUGGAACAGAGGCUUGGUGAUUAUUUGUUCAUAUCGAUCUAGUCCUUCUCUGUUUUUCUCUUGCUUUUCUAUUUUUUACUGGCACACGCUUUCCUUUUUGCAACCAGAACCUCAUUAUCAAAAAUGUGACUCUUCAUAGCCACGGCCACAGUUUCUGCUGUUCCUUUUCUCUGUAGCUUAAUUUGUUUGUGUUAUUUUAGUUUCUAAAGUCUGGUGAGUGCCAAGCAAGUCAAUACUUCAAGUUAAAUAGCUUCCAUUGAUUGGGAGACAAAUUUAGCUGUUUACCAACUGUGGAAAUGAGCUAAGGCAACAAAACACCAACCAAGGUGUGUGCAAAGAGCAGGUUGAUGGUGACGAAUGGUACUCUCUGGGAGGCAAUGCCCCCAAGGUGAGGAAAGGUGAACAGGUUUGGCAGUGGCAGGUGGGACGGACACUAAAUGUUCAUUCAAUCAGGCUUUCAGGAUGUCACAUGACCAGCCAUGGCAGAAUUCUGGCUUACAGCAGAACCUUCCCUGCUGGAAUUAUUGAAACAUCAUUAAACAAAGGCAACCUGAAAAAUUCCAAAAUGACGUUUUCAAACAAUAAUUUCUGUUAUUAAGAGGAAAAAGCAUUUCACCCCUGAUGGUCUGGAAAACUCUGUUCUGUUUAGACCAAAGUUGCAACAUUUG